CGGAGCCACUUCAUCAUUAUUACAUCUAAUUCUGGUUUCGACUCUGAAUACUUCCCUCUCGAACCGCUCUCGUAACCUUCAAUCUCCGCAGCCGAUGCGGUAAUUCUUUCUAAUAUCCUUCACUUCUUGACUUGCGCAGCACCUGUGAUCGUCUACAUCCUACAUCAUGGCCACCAACGCGUCGGUCAUUUUUGACCUCCCACCCCUCCCGACCUAUUCCUUGACUCCGCGUCCUCCGGUCCUUGCCCCCAUACCAGACAACAUUCUGGCUCUGAUGCUGCCCAUUGUUGCCUACUGGGCUUUAUCGAUGGUGUAUCACUACAUUGACGUCAACGACUAUUUCCCUCAAUACCGUCUUCACACGCCAGCUGAAGUGCUGAAACGAAACCGGGUCACGCGCUGGGAGGUGGUGAGAGAUGUCAUACUCCAACAAGUUAUCCAAACGAUCGCGGGCUAUGCAGUGAGCUAUUUCGACCCUCCCGACUAUCUGGGCAAAGAAGAGUACGACAUUGCUGUAUGGGCUCGCCGUAUCCGCCUCAUGCAAAGGGGCCUGCCUCACCUGUUGGCUCUAUUUGGAGUCGAUGCUCUGGGAUUGGGGAAGAACCUGUCGCACAAUGGUUGGACAAUGCUGGGAGGAGCCAUUGCAGGCGGGCACUAUCCUGCCUUUACCCAGUCUAUCAUUCUGGAUAGUGGUGUAGAAGCGGUGGCUCCCGCUUUCACGAGGUGGGAACUUUCGACGGCCAGCUUCAUGUAUUGGUUUUUUAUUCCGGCGCUUCAGUUCAUUUGGGGCGUCUGUGUCGUCGAUACCUGGCAAUAUUUUCUGCACCGCGCGAUGCACCUGAAUCGGUGGCUCUAUGUUACCUUCCACUCCCGUCAUCAUCGCCUAUACGUUCCGUACGCGUUCGGUGCCCUCUACAACCAUCCCGUCGAAGGAUUUCUCCUUGAUACCGCUGGCACCGGCGUUGCAUUUUUGACGGCUCGCAUGUCCAUUCGUCAGAGCAUGUGGUUCUUCACCUUCUCCACCAUCAAGACGGUUGACGAUCACUGCGGCUACGCUUUCCCCUGGGACCCACUGCAGCACGUUACUUCCAACAAUGCUGCCUACCAUGACAUCCACCACCAAAGCUGGGGGAUCAAGACCAACUUUUCACAACCUUUCUUCAUCUUCUGGGACCGUUGGUUCGGUACUCAGUGGCAGGGUGAAGUGAAGCUCCGCUACGAACGUUCUCGUGAGACUGCUCAGAAGCAGCUGGACAACGAUGCUAGUUCCGCCACCAAUUCUGGCGUUGACACUCCCGUGUCUGGGAGUGUCACUCCUGUAAGUGCUGUCCAGGAAGCACCGUCCGAGUCAGUCUCUCGCACCCGGCGCAGAAAGACUGUUACUCUGUCCCCCCAUGUCGACGGCUUCAAAGGCGUGAACCACUCCGUCGCUAGCAGUGUCCUAUAGCGGAUGCUUCUUUCUUCGUCCAUAAUUGCCUAUAAUAAUUCUCACCUUUUGCCUUCGCCGCUCAACGGGGGUCUUUGGAGUUGCAGGACGUCUCCUACUUCCGAAUCCGCUGUCUGUUUAUUGCUUAAUUUUACGCUGUAUUAAUAGUCAGGUUGAUGAGAACCUGUUACGGACCUGUACAUUGUUUUCUUCCUACUGUUCGGUUUAUCUGUUAAUCAGAGCAUUCCGCAUGACCAUGAAGAUUGGAAAUUGAUG